UUAUGAAACACGGGUCCUUGUUGUUGCAGAGAAGCAGUUGUUUUGCUGGAAGGAGGAAGUAUACAGGCUGCCUGGGCUCCCUUCCUGCAGCCUCCUCUCAGCAGCCGGUCGCAGGUACCCUGUCCGGAUAAGGAAAGGGCAGGCCCAGGUGUGCAGACUGAAGGUGGGGCAGGGGCCAGCCUGCCCCUUCCUCCAGCACCUUCAUCUUCCCUUGGCCCUGCACGCUGUCCAGGGCUAACUCUUCCUUUGUUGCUUUUUUGGUUCCAUCUUAGAAGAGGCUCUGCUUGACUAAGAAAAAGUAGUUUGAAGGAGGUAGGAUGCAGGAGCUGCGUCUGCUGUGCUGGGUGGUCCUUGUGGGCCUGGUGCAGGCCUGUCCCGAGUCCUGCGACUGUGGGGAAAAGUACGGCUUCCAGAUCGCCGACUGUGCCUACCGUGACCUGGAGGCCGUGCCACCCGGCUUCCCGGCCAACGUGACCACAUUGAGCCUGUCGGCCAACCGGCUGCCGAGCUUACCAGAGGGCGCCUUCAGGGAGGUGCCCCUGCUGCAGUCGCUGUGGCUGGCGCACAAUGAGAUCCGCAGGGUGGCCGCUGGUGCCCUGGCCCCUCUGGGCCAACUCAAGAGCCUGGACCUCAGCCACAAUCUCAUCUCUGACUUUGCCUGGAGCGACCUGAACAACCUCAGUGCCCUCCAGUUGCUCAAGAUGGAUAGCAACGAGCUGACCUUCAUCCCCCGCGACGCCUUCCGCAGCCUUCGUGCCCUGCGCUCCCUGCAGCUCAAUCACAACCGCUUGCACACGCUGGCAGAGGGCACCUUCGCACCGCUCACCGCGCUGUCCCACCUGCAGAUCAACGAUAACCCCUUCGACUGUACCUGCGGCAUCGUGUGGUUCAAGACGUGGGCCCUGACCACUGCUGUGUCCAUCCCAGAGCAGGAUAACAUCACCUGCACGUCACCCCACGUGCUCAAGGGCACACGGCUGAACCGCCUGCUGCCGCUGCCUUGCUCGGCACCCUCGGUGCAGCUCACUUACCAGCCCAGCCAGGACGGCGCCGAGCUGCGUCCCGGCUUCGUGCUGGCGCUCCACUGCGACGUGGAUGGGCAGCCAGCCCCCCAGCUCCACUGGCACAUCCAGACGCCCGGUGGCACCGUGGAGAUUGCCAGCCCCAACGUGGGUGCUGAUGGGCGUGCCCUGCCCGGUGUCCUGGCAGCCAGCAGCCGGCCGCGCUUUCAGGCCUUUGCCAAUGGCAGUCUGCUCAUCCCCGAAUUCGGCAAGCUGGAGGAGGGCACCUAUAGCUGCCUGGCCACCAACGAGCUGGGCAGUGCGGAGAGCUCGGUGAACGUGGCACUGGCCACACCGGGCGAGGGCGGCGAGGAUGCACUGGGGCGCAGGUUCCAUGGCAAAGCGGCCGAGGGUAAGGGCUGCUACACGGUUGACAAUGAGGUGCAGCCGUCGGGUCCUGAGGACAACGUCGUCAUCAUCUACCUCAGCCGUACUGGGGGCCCUGAGGCUGCAGCAGCGGGAGGAGGGAUCUCUGGGAAGCAGCCCCCAGGGCUGCUUCUGCUGGGCCAGAGCCUCCUCCUCCUCUUCCUCACUUCCUUCUAGCCCCACCCCCACCCAGGCUGGGCUGGAGCAGGCCCAAGGCCUCGCUGACUCCUGCGCCUGACGCUGCAGCCGUCCCUUACAAGUGCUGCAGGGGUCUGGGCUUGGCGACUCUCGAAGCCUGCAUCGGGGACUUCCCAUCUUCCUACCUCCCUUUCUCAUCUCUUCUGGAACACUCACCGCCCCAACUUCUAGACUUGCUCAAAGCUAGUGACUAGGACAGAAUUUGAUCCCUUAACUCACCGUCUACGGUGCUAAUUGCUGCUAAUCACAAUGCGCAUGCUCCCUUCUCAGGGGCAGCGUGCUGACAGGACGGUGCCCUAACCAACGGCGGGGGCGGGGGGGGGGCACUCACUGAUGGAAUUCUGGGCACUGGGACUGACAAGCUGCUGAAGGCUAUGGGUGGGGCUUGGGGCUUGGGGCUUGGCAGGGAGGUAGGCUGAAGCAGACAGGGCACAGGAGAUGUAGAGUAGGAUGUAGCGGAAGUGGCUGGCGUGGCUUUGAGGCUCUCUGAUCUGCUUGAGCUCCUGCUGACCUUUGGUGUUCUCUGACGACUUGGGGGCUUGGGAGGCUCUGCCCUCAUCUCAGACAGGACUGGAGUAUCCAGAAUGUCAUUCAUCUCCUCACCCUUCCUCCCUCAGUGUGCCCCUCCAUCCUGGACACCUGCCCUGCCUUCCUCUCCAGGUAUGCAUCUGUAGCCUGCCCCUCCAGAGAGGUCAGGCAGCCUGGGGGCGGCAGAGAAAUAAACAGCAUUUCUGAUGCUCCCCUGCA